AUGACCACCACUCAAGGCCCCUUAACUCAAUGGCUCCUCGAAGCCACCCCGCAAUCCCUCAAACGCGCUACAACCCACCCGUUCCUCGCGGCCGCCGGCUGCGGCACCGUCUCCAAGGAGAAACUCUCCCAAUGGCUCUCCCAAGACCGUCUCUACGCCCAAUCCUACAUCCGCUUCAUCGGCUUACUCCUCGCCAAGAUCCGCAUCCCCGAAAAUGAAAGCAUGGCCACGAUGACGACGAUCACGGCGCAUAGUCCCGGCACCUCUGUCGAGCAGAGGAUCAUUGACGUGCUCAUCGAUGCACUGGUCAAUAUCCGGACCGAAUUGCACUUUUUCAAAGAGACGGCCGCAGAGUACGGUCUGGAUCUGACGGCGCUGCCUCCUCGUGAGGGGUACAAGGAUCCCGAAUCUGAUGCUGAUCGGCCUGGGAGUACGAACGCGAGCGCAAGCACGGCACAGUCCGUCCCCAUCGCCACUUCAGCGGGCAUCCUGACGACCGGACCGAGAUCCGCCUGUCCGGGAUUCACCGGCCGAAUCUGUCAGGGCACAAACGUCUCCGUGGGAGACGCCGAGUCCGGCGAGAUCGAAGACGACGGUGGCCCCGUCAAUCUCCAAUCUCGGGAUGCGCAAAGCCAAUUACACAGAUUGUGUAAAGUCCAAGGGGAAUGCAAGGCUCCUUCCGGCGCGGGACCGUGUCAUUUAGCGUCAUCGACGUCGACGUCGACAUCGCAAUCUCCCUCGUGGCUGAGUGUAGGCGCUGGUCCGGCAGUGACAACCCCGGAUUGCGAACCGUGUCAGCCCUCGCGCUCGACCACGACGGAAGUCUCCUCGGAGCAAGGCCCGGUCUUCUUCUGCGCGAACCCCAUCACGCGCGCGUACAUCGACAUGUUCAUGUCGGUGGCGAGUCCCGGGGUCAGCGCGAUCGAGGGAAUCACCGUGCUCUGGGCCACGGAGAUUUGUUACCUGCGAGCGUGGCGGUAUGCCGCCUCGUACGGGAGGAAGAAGGCGCUUGAAACGGAGACGGUGACGAGCGUGCAAGCCGCGAGGAUCGAUGGAAGCGUGGAUGCAGAUGGAGGCGCACUGCGAGACAGGUUCAUUCCCAACUGGUCGAGUGAGGAGUUUGAAGAGUUUGUCAAUCGGAUCGGGCGGGUGUUGGAUCAGAUGGUGGAUUCGUUCAAGGGCGCCGAAGAGGCGGAGAUGAUUCGGGCAAAAUGCUUGGAGUGGUGGAGGCAGGUGGUGUGGUUGGAGGAGAGAUUUUGGCCGUCGAUGGAGUAG